AUGCCUGUUAGGAGAGGUCACGUUGCUCCACAAAACACUUUUCUUGGCCUCAUCAUCCGGAAAUUCGAGGGACAGAAUCGCAAAUUCAUCAUAGCCAAUGCCAGGGUGGAGAACUGUGCGAUCAUCUACUGUAACGAUGGCUUUUGCGAGAUGACCGGCUUCUCCAGACCGGACAUCAUGCAAAAACCCUGCACCUGUGACUUCCUCCACGGAGAACUUACAGACAAGGAGGCCAUCAACCAGGUCAACCAGGCCGUGGCCGGGUCGGAGGAGCGCAAAGUUGAAAUCACCUACUACCGGAAAGAUGGUUCAGACUUCCAGUGCACCACUCACAUCAUCCCAGUGAAGAAUGAGGAGGGGAUAGUCAUGAUGUUCAUUCUUAAUUUUGACUAUGUGGUGGACGAGGGAAGUGACAACUCCACGGAGAGGUUAAGUCCCACGUCGCCCACCAAGUCCGACCAGAGGAGGAGCCGAUUCUUCCGAUUCCGCCAGGCUGCUCUGAGUCUGAUGAACACCAACAAGCAGUCUCUACCGCAGGAGGAUCCCGACGCUGUAAUGGUGGACUCUCCUAAGGACACGGACGACUGCCUGGCACUGCAAAGCUUCCCCUCCCCCACCAAGAGCAUCUGCAGCCCCAUGGAGGCCAACGACACGCACGCUCUUAUCAGCUCCAGCCACCAUUCCUCACAGGCCAGCAUAGGGGGUCCCGAGCCGGUGGACCACUCCUCUCCUAAGCUCCUGUGGGACAAACUGUACCAGGUUGAGCCGCACCAGUCGUCCACGUCCCUGUCCAACACGUUUCCCCGGGGCAGUAUCAGCAGCAUGAGGAGGGCGUCCUCUGUGCAUGAGAUAGAAGGGUACAGCUGUAACUCCAAGAAUGCAGUCCUCAGAGAUCGACACACAAGUGAAGGGCCUUUCAAUCACGUCAAGUCAAGUCUGCUUGGUUCUACCUCGGAUUCUAACAUCAACAAGUACAGCACCAUCAACAAAAUUCCACUGAUCGCUCUCAACUUCACCGAGACAACGGAGAAGAAGACGCACUCUCCGCCCACGUCCGAGAAACCCAUCAUAGCCCCCAAAGUCAAGGAGAGGACGCACAACGUGACAGAGAAAGUCACCCAGGUCCUCUCACUGGGUGCAGAUGUCUUACCUGAGUACAAACUGCAGACCCCUCGCAUCGACAAGUUCACCAUCCUCCACUACAGCCCCUUUAAGGCCGUGUGGGACUGGCUCAUCCUACUCCUGGUCAUCUACACGGCCAUAUUCACCCCAUACUCCGCAGCAUUCCUCCUCAACGAUCAAGAGGACCAGAAGAGGCGCGAGUGCGGCUACUCCUGCAACCCGCUCAAUGUGGUGGACCUCAUAGUGGAUAUUAUGUUCAUCAUUGACAUUCUCAUCAACUUCAGGACCACUUAUGUAAAUCAGAACGAGGAAGUGGUCAGUCACCCGGCCAGAAUAGCUAUCCACUACUUCAAAGGCUGGUUCCUUAUUGACAUGGUGGCGGCCAUUCCGUUCGACCUGUUGAUCUUUGGCUCGGGAUCAGAUGAGACGACCACUCUGAUUGGCCUGCUGAAGACGGCGCGCCUGCUGCGAUUGGUGCGCGUGGCCAGGAAGCUGGACCGCUACUCCGAGUACGGGGCGGCCGUGCUUAUGCUGCUCAUGUGCAUCUUCGCUCUCAUUGCGCACUGGCUGGCCUGCAUCUGGUACGCCAUCGGGAACGUGGAGAAGCCCUACCUGGAGCACAAGAUCGGAUGGCUGGACAACCUGGGCGUGUCCAUAGGCAAGAGGUACAACUACAGCGACCCCACCUCGGGACCCUCCAUCAAGGACAAGUACGUCACGGCGCUCUACUUCACCUUCAGCAGUUUGACCAGCGUGGGGUUCGGAAAUGUAUCUCCCAACACCAACUCGGAGAAGAUCUUUUCCAUCUGCGUCAUGCUCAUUGGAUCUCUCAUGUACGCCAGCAUAUUCGGGAACGUGUCAGCCAUCAUCCAGCGGCUCUACUCGGGCACAGCUCGGUACCACGCCCAAAUGCUCCGAGUCAAAGAGUUCAUCCGCUUUCACCAGAUUCCCAACCCCCUGCGACAGAGGCUGGAGGAGUACUUCCAACACUCGUGGACCUACACUAACGGCAUCGAUAUGAACACGGAGGUGUUGAAAGGAUUUCCUGAGUGUCUACAGGCCGAUAUUUGUCUUCACCUCAACAGAAGCCUGCUCCAGAACACCAAGGCGUUCCAGGGAGCAUCGCAGGGCUGUCUCCGAGCACUGGCCAUGAGGUUCCAGACCACUCACGCUCCCCCCGGAGACACCCUGGUCCACUGCGGGGACGUCCUCACCGCGCUCUACUUCCUGUCCCGCGGGUCCAUCGAGAUUCUUAAGGAUGACAUUGUGGUGGCCAUUUUAGGUAAAAACGACAUCUUUGGGGAGAUGAUCCACCUGUAUGCCAAACCCGGUAAAGCGAAUGCGGACGUGAGAGCUCUGAGCUACUGUGACCUGAGCACCAUCCAGAGGGAGGACCUGCUGGAGGUGCUCGACAUGUACCCGGAGUUUGCUGAUUACUUCUUCAACAACUUAGAGCUGACCUUUAACCUCAGAGACGACCCCGUACAGGCCUCCGGUUCCCAGGAUUUUGAGUCCGAUUUCGAAGCCCCGAAGACCAUUAAACGAAGAAUCUCAUUUACCCCGGAUCUCCCUAAACCAGAAAACAAGGAGGUAGUGAGGGAGCAGGGGUCGAACUCAUGUCUGAAGAGGUACUCAGACGUGCUGGCUAUCCCCUCCCCGGAUAACUCUGCCCUAGAGGUGCCUCUGAUGGGGCAGCUGCCGGUCACAGAGAGCAUGGUGUGCGCCUCCUCCUACCAAGAUGCGUGUGGUGAUAAAUGGAGCUGUAAGAAGCCCACAGACUACCUGCAUGAGUCAGCACAGUUCCCGGAGCUGCGAGGAGAGGACGAGAGCUCGGCCAGCGAAAUCACCUACGGGGAGGUGGAGCAGCGCCUGGGUCAGCUGCAAGAGCACCUCAACCGCCUGGAGACUCAGCUGAUGACGGACAUCCAGACCAUCCUCCAACUGCUCCAGAGACAACCCACCACAGGACCCCCCGCCUACAGCACGGUCACAGCCAGCCCCGAGUACCACAAACCAACCACCAAGCCCCAGCCUGUCCCCCUGUCCACCAGCCACUUGUUCAGCCAUACAGGGGCGCAGGGCCCGGCUCUCAAAGCAGAGCCGUCGAUCGAUGACCCCAAAGACUCGAGUUUGGCCACUGCGUCAGAGGACAGCCUUACAGCACUACUGGGACAGGACUUUAUCGAACAACAUCCGGAAUCACAGCAGCUACAACCUAUGCCCCACACGCACCCAGCCUUCAUCCUCCCCUCCUCCUCUUCCUCAUCUCUGCCCCACACCGACGCCCCCCCGCACCCCCACGGACCAGACUCGGACAGCCCUGGCCCAUAGCGGCUCACGUGUGCUUUACUAAGCAUAGACUUUGAAUCGGCAUGCUGGCACAGACAUUUGUAUUGUUCUUUUGCUUGGUAAAUUAGAAGUAAGUUUUUUUUAAAUAAUCAUGCAUGUGAAUAUAAUACUGUUUACUGCAGUGAUGGAAUAAUAAUAAGUACUGCAGUUUUCAGUAUAUUAGAAUCGGUUACAUAUUGUAACAGUAGAGACGCUGGAGCUGUCUGGAGGACUCGUAAAGCGUUCUGUGUAAAUUCUUCUGUAAUCUUUUACAUCAGAUGCCCUAACUAAUGUCAUUAACA